AUUCCUAUAUACACCCCUACCAACUAACAAGCUUUCCCCCUUUGCUCAGCAGCCCUAAUUUCUGCCGCGACACAAUAACACAGUUCAGAGCUCUCUCUUUUCGUGUUUGACUGCAUAUAAUCACGUAUUUGCAGACUAAAGGCGCAGAACAAUGAGUAGGAGCUUAGGAAUUCCGGUGAAGCUUCUUCACGAGGCGUCGGGGCACGUGGUGACGGUGGAGCUGAAGAGCGGCGAGCUGUAUCGUGGGAGCAUGAUUGAGUGCGAGGAUAACUGGAAUUGCCAGCUCGAAAACAUCACCUUCACUGCUAAGGACGGGAAGGUCUCACAACUCGAGCAUGUUUUCAUAAGAGGCAGCAAAGUGAGGUUCAUGGUUAUUCCUGAUAUGCUUAAGAAUGCUCCAAUGUUCAAGCGCUUGGAAGCUAGGAUUAAGGGCAAGGGUUCUUCAAUUGGAGUUGGACGUGGGCGUGCUGUUGCCAUGCGAGCUAGAGCUCAAGCGGCUGGCCGUGGAGCUCCACCAGCUGGCGGCAGAGGUGCAGUGCCACCUGUUCGGCGGUGAAUGAUUUUCUCGAGUGGUGUGGGAUAUUGAUUUUCUGUGUCUUCUCUGAGUUUUGAGAUACCUUGAAGUGAAUUUCUCUCCGUCUGUAACUGGAACUUCUUAGUAUUAUCAUCUUUAUUAUGUCAGAGGAUUGAAUUUACCAAUUGGUGGUGUCUUUGUUUCUGUGGGAUUUGAAAGCAUUUUGUGUUGUAUCUUAAAUUACAUUGCCAGGCCGUGCACUUUUAGUGCCUUUUUUUUAGGCAUUUGGGAGGGCGAUAAUUGGUUUGACUGCAAAUGAAACAAUACAAAAACAAAGUUUUAAAGAGUUAUAUAUUAGUGGAAACAGCGGAAAAAACGAAAAAA